AGAUAUUCAAGUAAUGCUUUAAAGUUGGGGGAAAAAUCAAUAAAUGAAAAUAUAAAGCUUACCUCUGACACUCAAAUCAUUCGACUUUUAAACGAACUGUAUCUACCCUUUGAUCCUUAUAAUGAAGAAACAUAUGAGCAGAGAGAUGUUGCAAUGAAAGAUAUUCUCUCUCUAUUGUGAAAAUAUACAGAUAAAUUUGACAGUAAAACGAUCAACUCAUUCACGUCAUGGUGGUCAAAGAGUAAAUUCCCAUUCAUGCAAGUAGAGUCCUCAAGAAAGUCACUAAAAAACAAUGAUAUGGAGAGAAUCCGAUAUUGCAGGCUAUAUGUGGUUAAAAAUAAAUUUAUAAUUAUUUUAGAUGAUAUUGCAAACGGAAUCAGGGAAGACAUACCUAAAUUCCAACAAUACGUUAAUAACCUCAAGUCAAAUGGAUAUGAAGUAGUUGGUUAUGUAAGAAAGUCGUAUGGAAAUGAAGAUAAGGACACAAGAAUCAGAUUACUUCAAUCUAUGAUAGAUAAAAUGCUUGAAAGAUUGUUAGUUGAUAAAAUUUAUGUUUCAUCAAUGUCACACGCAGGCGAGCCUUUUUCAUCAAGAGAUGUGAAUUAUGACAGUACUAUAUUGAGGUAGCUAAAUAAAGCUGAAGAUCCUAUCUCUUAUUUUAGUAUUGCAAAAAAAAAAAAAAAAAAAAAAAAAACUGCUUAGUCGGAGUAGACUUUGUGGGUAUUACUACCAAUUGUACUGAUCUCAGAAGUCUUUUAAAUCAAAAUGAAAGUAUAAAAAAAAAUGUAAUU